CCGGUCUCGCACUUCCGCUUCCGGUUCCCAGCGUCGAUUCAGGCCGCUGCGCUCGACCGAGGAGGAGGUUGUGUUGUCGGCAGGUUCGAGGCGAUUCAAGCCAGGAUGAUCGAGGUUGUUUGCAACGACCGUCUGGGGAAGAAGGUCCGCGUUAAAUGCAACACCGAUGACACCAUCGGGGACCUGAAGAAGCUGAUUGCAGCCCAAACUGGCACCCGUUGGAACAAGAUUGUCCUGAAGAAGUGGUACACGAUUUUUAAGGACCACGUGUGUCUGGGGGAUUACGAAAUCCAUGAUGGGAUGAACCUGGAACUAUAUUACCAGUAGAGCAGAAUUCCUUCCCCCUAUCCUUCUCCCCUUUCCCCCCACUGGUAUGGAGCUUGUUUUUAAAAACUCACGUUAAUAAAAACUUAGAUGCUG